AUGCAGUUCACUCAGUUGACCCUCGCCGCUCUCGCCGCGUCCUUGGCUUCGAGUCAGGUCCUUACCAUCCCCGCCAGAGUGGGCACUAUUCAGCGCGCUUCCAACUCUCGCAUCUCUGUAGACAGGGACUUCGGCAUGGCGGAGUUUGACAGUGGCGUUACCUGCCAACAAGAGAAUCCCAAUGGUGCUCCAGUCUUCGUUCUCGACGAUGGUGUAACCAUCUCGAACUUGAUUAUUGGUCCCAACCAGAUCGAUGGUAUUCAUUGCAGGGGCCGCUGCACUUUGAGAAAUGUUUGGUUCAGGAACGUUUGCGAAGAUGCUGUUAGUGCUCUUGGGCCAGGAGAGGUUCUCAUCGACGGCGGCGGUGCCACUGGCGCCAACGACAAGGUCAUCCAGCACAACGGACGUGGCCGCGUCACGAUCCGCAACUACACUGUCACCAACUCAGGAAAACUCUACCGCAGCUGCGGUAACUGCUCCAACAACAGGGAAAACAGCCCUCGCCACGUCGUGAUUGAGAAUGUUCGCGCCAGCGGCAUGACCUCUGACCUUGUCGGUAUCAACAACAACUUUGGCGACACGGCUACUAUCUCCAGAUCCUGCGGUAGCAGUAGCAGAGACGUCUGCGAGAACUACUUGGGUGUUGAGCGUGGUUCGCCGGAUGGUCCUCCCCAGAACAACAACAAUGGAUGCCUUGGUGCACAGGGAACUCUCAAUGCCCUGCCUACCUGCUAA